AUGCAUGGAAAGUCGCCUGCGAACGCAGCUCCUAUUGGGAAUGUUUCUGUUUUUACCUCCAAACUCACGCCCGGCGGGGACAUAUGCGUCGGAUUUACAAUCCUGACAGUAGUCCUGCUGUCCGUCCUGGGGAACGGGCUGGUCCUGGUGAUCUCCUACAGGAGGAGGAAGAAGAUCAUGGGCUCGGAGAUGCUCUGCGUCAACCUGGCGCUGGUGGACUUCCUGUGCUGCAUCUUCUUCUACCCGCUCUCCAUCAUCUCCUCCUUCAGCCAUGCCUGGCUGGGCUACCACGCCACCUGCAUCUACUACGGCCUGGGCUGCUUCACCUUUGGCCUGUGUGGGAUGUUCACCAUUGCGGCCAUCAGCGUCAUCCGGUACCUGAAGACCUGUUACAGUGUGGUUUAUGCGGUUUGGCUGGAGGGCGACAGUAUCCGCUUGGUGUGCGGUGCCACCUGGGUCAUCGCCGCGGUGUGGUCCUGCCUGCCCCUGUUCGGAUGGGGCGAGUACGUGCCGGAGCCCUACGGGCUGUCCUGCACCAUCGCCUGGAAGAAGUACCACGCCUCUGUUAAGGACGCCGUGUAUGUCAUCUGCUCCUUCGCCUGCUUCACCUUCAUCCCCGUCCUCCUCAUCAUCCUGUCCCAGUGCCAGAUCCUCUUCAAGGUGUACAAGUUCUCCUACGUGCUGUCCACCAGGGGCAUCCGUACCAACCUGCGUACCGCCGAGAGACGGCUGUCUGUGAUGUUCUUCUGCAUCAGCCUGGGGUUUAUCAUUGCAUGGGCCCCAUACACUGUGGUCUCCUUCAUGUCCAUCUUCAACAAGGGCAGCUACCAGAUGGCCCCAGAGGGCUUCGUUUUCCCGGCGCUGUUCGCCAAAAGCUCCCACAUCUACAACCCCUUCAUCUACUUCUACUUCAACAAGGCCUUCCGCCAGGACCUGCGGGUUCUGCUGCGGUCUGUAUGCCUCACUGGCACGCGGAACCGGGUCGGGGUCCGGUCGGUGAUGGGGAACCAGGUGCCACACGUCAUUCAGAUCCAGUUGCAGGAGCAGAGCCGCUUCUGGAGGAACAACUACCAGUCCCAGGGGAACAGCAACUACGUGGGCAGUAACCACUCGCACAGGAGAGCGGUCUACCCAUGCUGGGUCUCUACAGUCAGGGUGACCCCUUCCAGCACUAACCACAUGCCUGCCAGGGACUUUUUACCCCUGUCGUCUUGA